AUGAUUAAAUCGGGGAUCCUGACCCUACGGACGGCUUCCCUUUGUCAGUUGCAAGCAUAUUUUUCUCUUCGCCCAUACACCCGUGAGCAACGGUUAAUCAAAGCUUAUCAGAAACAGGAAGAACGUCUCAAGCGCCUUGAACUCCGACUUAACGAUCUUCCUAUUGUUUUUCAAUCCUCACAGAAUGCCCCAAAAUUGACUUCUAUGCAAAUUGCCGUUGAUUCAUCCACAACUAAUUUCAAACCUCCCGAAACGCAACAUGAGAUUUCUUCACAGAAGGAAUUACUUGAUCAAGAAUCGCUUAAUCGCAUUUAUAACCUCUCGGAUAAAAAAUCUACCACAGUUUUGCAAACGUGUUGCGCUGGUUGUGGUGCCAAUAUUCAUUGUGGAACACCUGGUGCCCAUGGUUUUCUUCCAGAACCGGAAGUUUUGGAACUAAUGCGUAACGAAACUCCUCGACGUGGCCGAAAGCAGCCUAACACUCUCCCUGUCAUUUGUGUACAUUGUCAGCUGGUGAAUCAGCACAAGUCUGCUCUGAAUCAUUCCCUUCCUUCUUCUGAGUAUGAGAAACUGGUUUUGUCUGAAUUGAAUGGUCAAGAAAACACAACUAUUCUCCUUGUUGCUGAUAUGACUAAUCUUCCCCAUUCCCUUGUCCCCCUCAAACUUGAACGCCCUUCUACACACAAGAUUGUUCUAAUUGGAAAUAAAGUAGACCAGCUGCCAAUUGAUGGACCGAAAUAUCAUUCAAGGUGGAGCGAUAUCCUUCUAAAAGCAUUUGCCGAAACAUCAGAAAUUGAUGAUAGUCAUGUCUCAUAUGUUGCCUUGGUUAGUGCACUUACGGGUUACGGAAUAAACAAGUUAUUGGACUUCCUACUUUCAAAGAGAUUUAACAUUUAUGAAAAUCCUGUUUAUAUAGUUGGUUCUACAAAUACUGGUAAAUCGAGUUUGUUCAAUCGAUUGCUUCUCUCGGAUUUCUGUAAAUCUGAAGCCAGGGAAUCUAUUCAUCGAGCUACUGUCUCCUAUUGGCCAGGCACGACUGCUGGUUUAUUAAAGUUUCCUCUGUCUCGGAUGACCUAUGUCAAACGGGCUCUUCGCGAUCAGGCCAUAUAUACUGAGAUGCAUAGUCAUGAACGGGCGGCGAAAGUUCAAAUGAAAGAACUUUACGGAUAUUUACUACUUGGAGUGGAAACUAGAUGGCUCUAUGGUAGUUGUGCCAAUUACAUCCCUGUUGCAUUGCCUUUAGAGGAUGAAACUAGUUUCACUCUGACCUCCUCUAACAUCACUGAUCAAGCAGAUCGGGUUCGCAAUAGCUUUCAGGAUCUCUCCCUUCAUCCCACCUAUAGUUUUCGUGGUGAUGCCAUUGAAGAAGCAGAUAUGGGCCUGCGGAGUCUAAUCCGAAAGGAAAUUGGCGUCGAGGCUGUUUUGGAUAGUGGAGAUCGCUUACUGGUUUCUGGAACCAUUGAUUCGAGAAGCUUCAAUCAAAAGGCCUGGUGUUAUGACACUCCUGGUCUGGAAAGUUCUGAACAGAUUCUAAACUUUCUAACUGAUGAUCAAUUGGUUGAGUACUUGGCCCUGACCAAUGGUCGUAAACGCGAUUACCAUCGGCCAGAAAAACGCUUCAUCCUUCCGAGGACUUUUGUCCUUAAACCAGGUCUGUCAAUGCUGUUAGGCAGAUUGGGCAGAAUAGAUGUUCUUGCGUCGAACGGCCCGGUUUAUCUCACUGCUCAUACGCGUUUGCCAAUACACAUAGUUGACACAGAUAAUGUGAUCUCCUAUUUGUCAGAGUACGCCACUUUUCUCGGUCCUGGUGCCCCAUACUCAGAAACCUCUGGAAAUGACUCUGAUUCGCAUUCUAUUCCCUCAAUGAAACCAGUUGAUAUUGAACCCAUUCAACCGGUCGAUCUGGAAGCAUCAGUUGCUGAUGUUGUCUUAUCUGGAGCAGGUUGGGUCUCUGUUGCUGGCGUAAGGGAGCCAAUGACUGGCUAUGGAAAGGCAGAGGAAGCGAAUUCCUCCUCUACUGGAGGGGAUUAUGGUAUCAGUUUGAGAGCUUGGACGCCCGGUGGUGUUGGUGUGAGCCUUCGAUCAUCUGCUUUACUGCCUUUUGCAAUUAGAAGACGUGGGGAACGUCUUCUCUACUUGCGUGAAUUUUCGGGUCUUCCAUCGAAUGCUCCAUUCGCUUCACAUUCACCCCCUUGA